UGGGUAAGUUCCUGGUUUCUGAGGUGGGAAGAGUCAAAAAUAGGAGAGGUGGCAGUGGCACCUGUUCCCAGUACCGAGGCCUGAAGUCCCUUGUGCCCUCAUCUCAGGGUUUCUUCCCACAGUGGGCUACCAUGAAACUGCACCAAAAGUCCGUGCUCCGUUUCUUCCGUGGGUACAGAACACAGGCUCCAGACCGGGAGGGCAUCCUGCUAAAGAAGGGGGCCCGAAAUACCAGCUAUCAGCGCCGCUGGUUCAUCCUGCGGGGAAAUCUCCUCUUCUACCUGGAACACCAGGCUGACCACACACCCCUGGGCCUCAUCCUGUUAGAGAACUGCCAGGUGGAGCCACGCCUUGGAGCCACAGAACCCUAUGCCUUUACCAUUCGGACCCCAGGGGGAGGUAGGCGGGCCUACAAGCUGGCAGCAGAAAACCCGGAGGAGCUGAGAGCCUGGCUGUGGGCGUUGGCCGGAGCCACCUGGACGCGGCUGGCUGUGCUGCUACGCCCCCUGGAGGCCCAGUACCGGGAGCUGUGUCAGGCAGCUGGCCAAGAACCCGGCUCACCCCCAGAGGACUGUGGCUCCCCAGCCACCCCCAGGACCCUCUUCAGCUUCCAGGAGUUGCACGAGCACUUUGGAAAGGAGAUCCGGAUGCUGCAGGCGGUCCAUAGACAGUUCCAGGAGGCCAGUGACAACGGAGGCAGCAGAUCCCCAGCAGGUGAAGGUGAAGCAGGAGCUCAACAACUGUUGAUGAGCGGCGACUAAUAGACUAAAGGCCCAAAGAUACCUGCCAAGACCAGUCAACAGCUUCAAGAGACACCCAGAUCCUUGCUAACUCACCACUCCCUCCCUCCUUGUCCUUAUUUUAACCCCAUUCAUCAAAUAACAAGGCAGAAGACAGGCCCAGGUACAA